AUGGAGGAGUUGGAUUGUCCGGAAUGCGUCGCCUUGAAUGGCUCGUACUACAAUGGCACGGCUAAUGUCACGUUCAUCAACAAAUUUUACUUCUACCAGACUGCUCAAGUAGCCGUCCUCUGGAUCCUCCUGGUGGCGAUAGUGGCAGGCAACGCCACGGUUGUUCUUGCCCUCCUGCUCACUAAGUCUAGGAAGAGCAGGAUGAACUUCUUCAUCAUGCAGCUGGCUAUAGCUGAUUUGUGGGUUGGCCUUAUAAGCGUGUUGCCGGACCUAGUCCAGAGGAUGACCAUCUCGUGGCUAGCGGGCUCACUGGCCUGCAAACUGGUUAAAUAUUUACAGGGUGUUGUAACAUAUUCCUCGACCUACGUGCUGGUAGCACUCAGUAUAGACAGAUGUGAUGCCAUUACGCAUCCCAUGAAUUUCACGGGCAGCUGGAGAAGAGCUCGAGCCCUAAUAAUAGGAGCCUGGCUGAUCAGCUUUCUAUUUUGCAUUCCAAUGCUCAUCUUAUUCGAUGAAGAUAAAAUACAAGGCACACUCCAAUGCUGGUCCGGCAUCAGCAAGCUCCAAUGGCGGAUAUGGAUGACCAGCGUCUUCGUGUCCCUCUUCGUGGCGCCAGCCCUCACGAUAUCCGCUUGCUACGGAGUCAUCGUCAUCACUAUACGACAGAAGAGCAGAAGAGUGCUUGGGAAGAGAGCAAAUGCCAGCAGACAAAGUAGCGAUGACUUGGACUCCCGCCGCGCUAGCAGCCGCGGCAUCAUCCCAAAAGCGAAGAUCAAAACUGUCAAAAUGACAUUCGUCAUCGUGUUCGUGUUCGUGCUCUGCUGGUCCCCAUACAUGAUCUUCGACCUGCUCCAAGUAUACGACUACGUGCCAGACACGCAGGCCAACGUCGCCAUCGCGUCCCUCAUCCAGAGCCUCGCGCCGCUCAACUCCGCGGCCAACCCCGUCAUCUACUUCAUAUUCUCCAACAGGAUAUUCCUCAGUUUAAGGAACAUCCCCCCCUACAAAUGGUUGUGGUGCUGGGUGCGCGCGAGUGACAGUCCCGUCGGCACCGAGUCGCGCGCGCACACGGAGCUGCUGACGUCAUCACACAGGCGGACAAGGCGCGACCUUACUGUCAGGGUAAAGGAAGAAAGCCUGAAGUUCCCAAAGCACCGUCUGAACCAGUGCAGCACCAACUCCCGCAAGGUGAGACUCCAUCUACCGGAGCAUCAAAACAACAACUGCCACCCGCAACGGAUCAGAGAGGACACCUUCUUAUAG